AGCCAUUUGGCUCAAGUCCACGGCACGCCUGUAAGGCUUUCUCGCUCUCGUUCCGGCAUGGCGGCGGCCUUCGGGGCCAAGGAGCAGCGCCUCCACCUCCUGCGGGACGAGCUCCUCGGCACGAUCGAGCUCCGGAUGGGCCGCGUGUACGAGGGCCUGACCGUGGCCGCACGCGAUGCGCGGGCUGCGGGGUUCGUCGACCGCCGCAUGGCCAAGGCGGCCGAGCGAGUCGACACGGCAUACCACCUCGUGCGGCACCUCACCGAGCAGAGGUGCGCACGCAUGGUGGGCGAGUUCCGUACCGCGUGCGCUGGGCCGCCGCUGGCGGGCGUGGGCGCUAGCCGCGGGUGCGGCCCCGAUGACAUCGUCGCGCUCGGGGACAUGAAGAAGACAGGGCUCCUCGACGAGCAGGUGAGCGAGGACAGCGACUCGACGGCCGCGAGCAUGGAGCCCGUGCUUGUGAUCGGGAAGGCGCCCUACGUCGAGGAGCUGACGUACUGCGACGACGCAGAGAACCACUCCGAGUCGGAGGCGGAGCACGCUGCCUCUGGGAGCCUUGGGAUGUUCGUGGAGCAGGUGGACGUCGUGCCGACGGCUGUGUGCAACGACGGUGUAUGUGAGUCGCGGCUCACGUCCUACAACUCACCACCCACCAAACCACCCCAACCCAACCCGAAGGCUCAGAUUUACCCUCGAUUUCCAGUGGGGGGGGGUCGGGAAACAUCGAAAAAACACAUGUGGAACCCUUACCCCCCCCAACCCGAAAUUCGGGUCUUCGGGUUGGGUUGGGGUGGUCUGGUAGGUAGUCAACAACGGCCAGGCCCAGAAGCAGAACGAAUCGUGCGAGGCGCCGAACGCCAAGGACAAGCAGUUCGGCGAGGGCUGGGGGGAUCCCCAGAAGCUGCUAGACCUCCAGAGGUGCGCCGACGAAGUCAACCUUCUGAAGGAGCAGCUCCAGUGCGCCGAGCAGGCCUUGGACAAGGCGGCGGGCGAGGCCAUCGACAAUGGCUACGUCCACCAGCACUUCAUCGAUGAAGCGGUGAAGAAGGAGAAGGAGUGACCACGGCUGCGACCUCCAUGAGGCCGAGGUGCAGCGGUGGUGUCCGAGAUGGGGGACAAGUUUGUGCUCCUGUACUCGGGUUGCUCAGGCGGUGGGGGCCCGCGAUUCCCCCUGCGUGGUCGGCUUCGGCAUCCUGCUGGAGUCGCUGAUGGGGCACGACGAGCCUGCGUGAGUGGCGCUGGCCGCGGGCGUGCUGUGAAGAUGUGGACCCCAAUGCCCGUUGGGCAGCGUGGGGUGCGAAGAUAACCGCGCUUCCCUUGGGUGGUCCUCCUGCGCCGUUGGGCGCAGUGUCCGUUCCAAUAUGCCCUGGCGCGAGGCUCGUGCUCCUCGAGGCCAGGGCCGCCAGCCAGACGGGACACUGGUCCCCUGUGGUGACUCCUCGGUGACUCCUCCUCCUCCUCCUCCUCCUCCUCCUCCUCCCUUUCCCCCUCCUCCUCCUCCUC